GCGCACGCAAUAGUCCACUGCUCAUUCAUUCCACAAAUAUUUAUUUGAGCGCUCGCCGAGCUCGGGCCUGGGGGCGAGAAGCAGGUCUCCCGAGUUCCUGCUCCUUUCCUGGGCCUCGGCACGCGGUGGGGGCUCAGUUCGAGCUUUGUGACCGCCGCCGCCAGGCUGUGCCCAGCGCCUGCAGCGCAGCCUCGGGGAGCCGCGGCCAGGAAACCUCCCGGCGGGGUGCAGCCUGCUGCAGGGCGAACCUCAGGAAACUCGCGAUCCGACCGCUGCCCCGGGAAGCUGUUCCCAGCGAGCGCGCACUGCCGCGGCGCGGAGCCCGCAGGGCGGGAGAGGCCGGGCGCCCGCGGCGGGACUCAGGGGCGGCCCCGGCGGGCGGAGGGCGCGGCCUGCGGGAGGGGCCGGGGCGGCGCCGGGAGGGGUGGCCGGCGGCCCAGCAGGUGACCGCGGGCGGCGCGGUGCCGUGCGGCAGGCAGGGACGCGGUCCGCGCAGUCGGCGAAGUUGGGCGGAACAUGGCGGAGGAGCCCGGGGCGCGCAGGAGCGUGCGGCGGCGCCGGGAGUCCCAGGAGCUGUAGCCGCCGCCGCUUUGCCGCCGCCGCGGGGCGAGGUCGCCGCCAUGGCGCGCUGGAUCCCGACCAAGAGGCAGAAGUACGGGGUUGUGAUCUAUAACUACAAUGCUUCUCAAGAUGUGGAGCUCUCCUUGCAGAUCGGUGACACGGUGCACAUCCUGGAGAUGUAUGAAGGUUGGUACAGAGGCUAUACCCUCCAGAACAAAUCCAAAAAGGGUAUUUUCCCUGAGACGUACAUCCAUUUGAAAGAGGCCACUGUGGAAGACCGAGGGCAGCACGAGACAGUGAUUCCCGGCGAGCUCCCGCUGGUGCAGGAGCUCACGUCCACGCUUCGAGAAUGGGCUGUCAUCUGGCGCAAGCUCUACGUGAACAACCAGGUGACACUUUUCCGCCAGCUGCAGCAGAUGACCUACAGCCUGAUUGAAUGGCGCUCCCAGAUCCUCUCUGGAACGCUCCCCAAGGAUGAACUGACAGAGCUCAAGAAGAAAGUCACGGCCAAAAUUGAUCAUGGGAACAGAAUGCUGGGCUUGGAUCUGGUAGUGCGUGACGACAAUGGCAACAUCUUAGACCCGGAUGAAACCAGCACCAUUGCCCUCUUCAAGGCCCACGAAGUGGCCUCCAGAAGGAUCGAGGAGAGGAUCCAGGAAGAGAAGUCCCUUCUGCAGAACCUGGACCUACGGAGCCAGGCCAUCUUCAGUGGCGCCCACACCUACGGCCUUUACGUGAGCUUCAAGAACUUUGUCUGCAAUAUCGGGGAAGAUGCAGAGUUGUUCAUGGCCCUCUACGACCCAGACCGGUCCACUUUCAUCAGUGAGAACUAUCUGAUUCGUUGGGGCAGUAAUGGGAUGCCCAAGGAGAUAGAGAAGCUCAACAACUUGCAAGCAGUGUUUACGGACCUCAGCAGCACAGACCUCAUCCGGCCCCGCAUCAGCCUCGUGUGCCAGAUUGUGCGUGUGGGCCGCAUGGAACUGAAGGAGGGCAGAAAGCACACCUGUGGGCUCCGGAGACCUUUCGGGGUAGCAGUGAUGGAUAUUACUGAUAUCAUACAUGGGAAGGUGGAUGAUGAAGAAAAGCAGCAUUUCAUUCCCUUUCAGCAAAUUGCAAUGGAGACCUAUAUCCGGCAGAGACAACUCAUGUCGCCCCUGAUAACUUCCAAUGUGAUUGGAGAAAAUGAGCCACUCACUUCAGUCCUGAAUAAAGUGAUAGCAACCAAGGAAGUGAAUCACAAAGGACAAGGGCUUUGGGUGUCCUUGAAGCUGUUGCCUGGUGACCUCACACAAGUUCAGAAGAAUUUUUCACACUUGGUUGACAGAUCAACAGCCAUAGCCCGCAAAAUGGGCUUUCCUGAAAUAAUACUCCCAGGGGACAUUCGGAAUGACAUCUACGUCACCCUGAUCCACGGCGAGUUUGACAAAGGGAAAAAGAAGACACCCAAGAAUGUGGAGGUGACCAUGUCCGUGUUUGAUGAGGAGGGCAACCUCCUAGAGAAAGCGAUUCAUCCUGGCGCUGGAUACGAGGGCCUGUCAGAAUACAAAUCAGUAGUCUACUACCAAGUCAAGCAGCCCUGCUGGUAUGAGACUGUCAAGGUGUUCAUUGCAAUAGAGGACGUCGCACGCUGCCACAUACGGUUUACCUUCCGUCACAGGUCAUCGCAGGAAUCCAGAGAUAAAUCAGAGCGACCCUUUGGGGUGGCCUUCGUGAAACUGAUGAACCCCGACGGGACCACGCUGCGGGAUGGGAGGCACGACCUGGUGGUGUAUAAGGGUGACAACAAGAAAAUGGAAGAUGCAAAAUUCUACCUGACACUGCCUGGGACCAAGCUGGAGAUGGAGGAAAAGGAGCUCCAGGCAGCCAAAAACCAGGUGGCCUUUACCCCCAGCAAGGACAGCACAAAGGACAGUUUUCAGAUUGCCACCCUCAUUUGCUCCACAAAGCUCACCCAGAAUGUUGACCUGUUAGGAUUGUUAAACUGGCGUUCCAACUCUCAGAACAUUACACACAACCUAAAGAAGUUAAUGGAGGUGGACGGAGGAGAGAUCGUGAAGUUUUUACAGGACACACUAGAUGCACUUUUUAACAUCAUGAUGGAAAUGUCAGACAAUGAAUCAUAUGACUUCCUUGUGUUCGAUGCAUUGGUAUUCAUUAUUUCACUGAUAGGAGACAUCAAGUUCCAGCAUUUUAAUCCUGUACUUGAAACCUACAUUUACAAGCACUUCAGUGCCACAUUGGCAUAUGUGAAACUCUCCAAGGUACUGAACUUUUAUGUGGCUAAUGCAGACGACUCCAGCAAGACAGAGUUGCUCUUCGCCGCUUUGAAAGCCCUGAAGUACUUGUUCAGGUUCAUCAUCCAGUCUCGGGUGCUGUACCUAAGAUUUUAUGGCCAGAGUGAUGACGGAGACGAAUUUAAUAACUCCAUCCGCCAGUUAUUUCUCUCCUUCAACAUGCUGAUGGACAGACCCCUGGAGGAAGCCGUCAAGAUCAAGGGGGCAGCUUUGAAAUACUUGCCAAACAUAAUCAAUGAUGUCAAACUCGUGUUCGAUCCCACUGAGCUCAGCGUGCUCUUCUGCAAGUUCAUCCAGAGCAUCCCGGACAACCAGCUAGUGCGGCAGAAGCUCAACUGCAUGACCAAGAUAGUAGAGAGCAGCCUUUUCCAGCAGUCAGAGUGCAGAGAGGUGCUGCUGCCGCUGCUCACAGACCAGCUCAGCGGCCAGCUGGACGACCACUCGAGCAAGCCUGACCACGAGGCCAGCUCACAGCUUCUCAGCAGCAUCCUGGAGGUGCUGGAUAGGAAGGAUGUGGGCCCCACAGCAGCACACAUCCAGCUGAUCAUGGAGCGGCUGCUGAGAAGGAUCAACCGCACGGUGAUUGGGAUGAGCCGGCAGUCCCCCCACAUCGGCAGCUUUGUGGCCUGCAUGAUCGCCAUCCUGCGGCAGAUGGAGGACAGCCACUACAGCCACUACAUCAGCACCUUCAAGACCAGGCAGGAUAUCAUCGACUUCCUCAUGGAGACUUUCAUCAUGUUUAAGGACCUGAUUGGAAAGAACGUCUAUGCCAAGGACUGGAUGGUCAUGAACAUGACGCAGAGCAGGGUUUUCCUCCGCGCUAUCAAUCAGUUUGCUGAGGUUCUCACAAGAUCCUUCAUGGACCAGGCAAGCUUUGAACUUCAGCUCUGGAACAAUUAUUUCCAUUUGGCAGUGGCGUUUCUCACCCAUGAGUCUCUUCAGCUUGAAACCUUCUCCCAAGCCAAGCGAAACAAAAUUGUGAAGAAGUAUGGGGACAUGAGGAAGGAAAUCGGCUUUAGAAUCCGGGACAUGUGGUAUAACCUGGGUCCCCACAAAAUCAAAUUCAUCCCAUCCAUGGUGGGUCCUAUUUUGGAGGUCACUCUGACCCCAGAAGUGGAGCUCCGGAAAGCCACCAUCCCCAUUUUCUUUGACAUGAUGCAGUGUGAGUUCAAUUUCAGUGGACACGGCAAUUUCCACAUGUUCGAGAAUGAGCUGAUCACAAAGCUGGACCAGGAGGUGGAAGGAGGCCGAGGAGACGAGCAGUACAAAGUUCUCCUGGAGAAGCUGCUCCUGGAACACUGCCGGAAGCAUAAGUACCUCUCCAGCUCUGGGGAGGUCUUUGCCCUCCUGGUCAGCAGCCUCUUGGAGAACCUGUUGGACUACAGAACCAUCAUCAUGCAGGACGAGAGCAAGGAGAAUCGCAUGAGCUGCACCGUGAAUGUGCUGAAUUUUUAUAAAGAAAAGAAGCGAGAAGACAUUUACAUCAGGUAUCUGUACAAGCUUCGAGAUCUGCACCGAGACUGCGAGAACUACACAGAGGCUGCCUAUACUCUUCUCUUACACGCUGAGCUUCUGCAGUGGUCUGAUAAGCCCUGUAUGCCCCAUCUACUUCAGAGGGACAGUUACUAUGUUUAUACCCAGCAAGAACUGAAAGAGAAAUUGUACCAGGAAAUUAUAUCCUACUUUGACAAAGGCAAAAUGUGGGAGAAGGCCAUCAAACUGAGCAAGGAGUUGGCUGAGAACUAUGAGAGCAAGAUAUUUGACUACGAGGGCCUUGGCAGCCUGCUGAAAAAAAGAGCCUCGUUUUAUGAGAACAUCAUCAAGGCCAUGAGGCCCCAGCCUGAGUACUUUGCUGUGGGGUACUAUGGACAGGGCUUUCCUUCUUUCCUACGGAAUAAGAUCUUCAUCUACCGGGGGAAGGAAUAUGAGAGGCGAGAGGACUUCAGCCUGAGGUUGCUGACCCAGUUCCCCAGUGCUGAGAAGAUGACCAGUACCACGCCCCCUGGAGAAGACAUCAAGAUGUCCCCAAAGCAGUACCUGCAGUGCUUCACCGUGAAGCCUGUGAUGAGCCUACCCCCAAGCUACAAGGACAAGCCAGUGCCCGAGCAGAUCUUAAACUACUACAGAGCCAAUGAAGUUCAGCAGUUCAGCUAUUCCCGACCAUUCCGGAAAGGAGAAAAAGAUCCCGACAACGAAUUUGCUAACAUGUGGAUUGAAAGGACCAUGUACACAACGGCCUAUACCUUUCCCGGGAUUCUCAAGUGGUUUGAAGUCAAACAGAUUUCAACAGAAGAAAUCAGCCCUUUGGAGAAUGCCAUCGAAACCAUGGAGCUGACCAAUGAGAAGAUCAGCAACUGCGUGCAGCAACACGCCUGGGACCGCUCCCUCUCGGUGCACCCGCUGUCCAUGCUGCUCAACGGCAUCGUGGACCCAGCUGUCAUGGGGGGAUUCUCCAACUACGAAAAGGCUUUCUUUACAGAAAAAUACCUACAGGAGCACCCCGAGGACCAGGAGAAGGUGGAACUACUGAAGAGGCUGAUAGCAUUACAGAUGCCUCUGCUCACAGAAGGGAUCCGAAUCCACGGGGAGAAGCUGACGGAGCAGCUCAGGCCCCUACAUGACCGGUUGUCUUCGUGCUUCCGGGAACUCAAGGAGAAAGUAGAGAAGCUCUACGGGGUCAUCACGCUGCCACCCAACUUUCCUGAGAAGAAGCAGAGCAGCACGGGGUCCCUGGUCCUGCCCUACAUCAUGUCCUCCACACUACGGAGGCUGUCUGUCACCUCCGUGGCUUCCUCUGUGGUUUCCACCUCCUCCAACUCCUCUGAUAAUGCUCCUUCCAGGCCGGGAUCUGAUGGGUCCGUCUUGGAGCCGCUGUUUGAGCGCAGGGCCUCCUCAGGUGCCAGAGUGGAAGAACUGACCUUCAAAGAGGACAGUGAGACCCGGACCGCCAAGUUCAAGCGGAAAGACUGGAGUCUGAGCAAGUCCCAGGUCAUUUCGGAGAAGGCUGUGGACCCUGAUCUGAUGAGCCCGGCCAGAAAGACACAAAGGCCGAAGAGUCUCCAGCUGGUGGACAGUCGCCUAACACCGUUUCCCAGCUCGUCACCACCCCACUCCACUCCCUUGAGCCCACCUCCGCUCACUCCCAAAUCGACCAGGACCCUAAGCUCCCCGUCUUUGCAGGCAGAUGGGCUGGUGCCUUCUAUCCCACCUCCGCCUCCCCCAAAAAGCAAGCCCUACGAGAGCAGCCAGCGGAACUCCACCGAGAUCGCACCUCCACUUCCUGUCCGCAGAGAAGCCAAAGUCCCACCCCCACCACCUCCAAAGACCCGGAAGUCUAGCAUCCUGUCUUCUGAGCCUGGAUCCCAGUGAGGAUUCUGCCUUCACUCCUGUAACUCCGAGUGCCUUGGACAGCUGCUGCCUAAGAUCCCGUCUCCUGGGAGCGCAUCCUCAGGACUCAGGCCUCCCUGCCAGCUGCCUUUCCUGACCUGGGAUGUUUACCAGCUCAAAACUGAAUUUGUUGAGGCUGGGGAUUUAGCUCAGCGGCAUAAGCGCCUGCCUUGCAAGCAGGCAGUCCUGAGUUCGAUCCCCGGUACCGAUAAAAAGACAAAAAAAAAAAAAAAAAAAAAACCACUGGAUUUGUUCUUUUGGAAUGUCUGGGUCCAUGUGCAUCUGCUGCAGCCCACACAGAAUUUCAGAAUUGGCCAUGUCCUGUGCCAUGAUUGCCUUUCAGCCUCUGCUGCAGAAUCACAGGCAUCUGCAGAGGUCUGGAUCUGUCCUUGUGCAGCCCCAGUUACCGACUCCUGGAUGGAUUUCGCUUUGCUCCUGAAAAGCUGAGCUUGACAUUUCUUACUCCUCCCACGCAUGCAUCCCUGCCCCAUCCAACCUCUCGGAAGAGAUGGAUGCCAAGUGCCCUCUGGGAGCCUGCAUGAGCUUCUCCCUCAUGUCUACUGUGUCUCUUUCGAUGUGAAAACACAUUUUUAGUGGAGAUAGGGUGCUUUGAGGUGUGACUAGCAAUUGCCACUGAAAAAUGAUGGACGUGACUUUGACCACACUCCUGACCGGUGACCUGCACUGUCCAGCAUUGCUUCUUCUUGCUGCAGGUUCUUUGGCUGCUCUUUUGCACAGUGUCUUGUCCUGUUUCUUUCUCUGAGUGCAAGUCUCCAGUGUACAAGACCUAGGAGUCCAUGGCCAACAGCUUUUGGUCCACAUCCCAUGACUCCACAGCCCCUGUCUGCUGCCUGAUUUUACCCUGGAGAACACAGUGCAGUUUUUCCCAUUGAUUAUUUAUUCCUCUUGGUCAUGGAUUUAAUUUGAUCCCUUGCUAAUGGUACUAAUGUCAGUACUCCUUUCAGAAGAAUAAGUGGAAUGUUUUGGAUGACCAAAAAUUACCUACUCAUCAGUAACAACCUGAAGUUACAGAUGUUUUGAGCUGAAGUAUUUUAAAGGUCAUGGAAGGAAAAAGCCCUCCACUUUGUAGAUAAGGAAAUAAAGGUCACACACAGAAAGCGGCAGUACAGAUUCUUACUCAUAGCUCAGCUGACUGACUUGGGCUGCAUGCAGAAAAUGCGUCCUUCCAGAGGGCAUCUCAGACAAUCUUUAAUGCCAGCCCUCGCCGAAACAACACUUAGGUGUUGAUGGCAAAGGUCCAAAUGAGGGGAGCCCUCCAGGAGUCUCUCCAACCUUGCCCCGAAUCCUGACCUCCAAGGUCAGGAGAGCAGAGAGAGAUUUCAGCUGUGAGCCCCCGCCUGCCUUGUUCCACCCCAACCUGUGUUACUCUUUCAUCACAAGAGUGGAGGAAGCAAAAAGCCUGUGAACCAGGUCCCUGGCAUUGCUUACUGAAUUAACAUCCAUAUUCUACAAGUGGCACAAAAUCUUUAGUCCUUGCUCCAGGCCAGGAAAACCUACAGUGUGAUCAAGGAGGACUUUGCGCAAAAACACGGACUUUGGAAUUCAUCCUGUUUGGUUUCAAAUACCAGCCGUGUCACCUAUUCGCUUUGCAGACUCUCCAAGCAUCUUAAGUUCUGUGAGCUUUCCUUUUCUCACUUUUCAAAAUGAGGACAGUCAGGACCUUCCAUCUGGUCGUGGCACCCCAGUGGGGCGGAACGUGUGAACGCGGAGGUCUCACACGAUGGCUAGGCUCAGAGAGAUCGAGACCGUUCUAAGGCCAUCGUCGAUACUCUGUAUUACUCAGUGAUUUGGGGUGUAAGCAUGGGUUAGUUCUGGACAUUACAGCCCUUCUCCAGACAUGCUGUCUUUUUAUACGGUUAUUUAUAAUCAGAGAGUGCUCAUAGGAAUUGGAGAGGAUUUUAAGUGGAAGGAAUUAAGCCCUGCUGAGAAAGAUUAAGAAGGCUUCCCUGGUGCCUAGCACUAUUUCUGAAAAGUCACCUAACAGGCUGGCCAGAAGAAACUUGUCUCACCUCCAUGGCAGACUGCCAUUAAAAUAGAAAAAUAGAGCCCCAACAAACAAACCUCCCACCUGCGAUCCCAGCUCAGUGUAAGCAGCAGCCUGGUCUUAGAACAGAAGCUGGGAGUUCAGGUCCAGCAGUGUCCGGCAGCUUUUCUGUUGCUACAGUAUAUUUUUUUCCAUACGGUUCCCUUUCCAAGUUAAUGAGAACAAUAGCUCUCAACAGCCUGAACGUGACGGAUGCCAGGUAGUGCUUUGGGUACUAGAUUAUAGAGGAUGUAGCAGGCUUCAUUUCUUUGGGAAGUUAUGCUGUAGGAAAGAGUCAUAUUUGAUUAAAAACUCAUAUAUGUCCCAGAGUCAAAGAGGAGCCUACAAAGAAGUUCCUUAUGAUAACAUUAAAUAUAAAAUAGAAACAGGAAGAGUUUUUAUUUUCCUUGCUUACAUGUUGAAAGACAUUGAAAUUAUUUCCCAAAUUGGCAGAACCUUUGUGAAUAUUGGUUGAUGGUUGGUUGGUUUGCGGUGGUGGUUAUUCUUUUUUCUUUCCCUCUCUCCCUGCCUAUAACCUGAUGACUUGUCUUGCUUUGGGAUAUUUUUUCAAUUGUUUCAUUCAACAUGUGUAAAGUUCUUAUUGGAAGUUAGGUACUAGACAUCAUGCUAGUCCUUGGGGAUGUGGCGGGGGUGGGGGGGAAUAGUCAGUGCAAACAGCCCAGUGUGUAAAGAUACUGGUAUGAUCACUCUGGUCUGCUGUGGGAUUGCAGAGUCUAGAGCAUUAGAUGAAAAUGAGCCCUCAAAAAGACUUCUGGGCCAUAGGUUGCUCCUCACUGUGGCCUUCCCCACUUGACUCCAGAGCCAGUCAUUUCUUCCCCCAGGGAGAUUCGCUAGCACCACAGCCGCAGUGCCCAUCCCUUAGAUGAAGCAGGAUGUGAGCAGGCUUGAAAUAACAACCUGCAAUUGCUAACUCUCCUCAAAAUGGGAGUCUUCCCCCUUUAAUUGCCUCCAGGUAGGGUGUGGCUUAUUUUUAAAUCGACACACAGUUUAUACAAAGUGCAUGUAUUUUAGGAGUGCAGAUGGGCAGGUCUUUAGACUGCUGGGCACCCCUGUCUCCACCUCUCAGCCAUAGACCUGACUUUUCCAGCUCACCAGGAGGUGCCUAUGGCACUAUCUUGUGAAAGCAAUUAGAAGGUCCUUCCAGGUGUGUGCCUUCCUCCCUGACGCUCUCAGGUACCGUGAAAAUGGGAGAAAAAAAUGCCACCAUCAACACAAACUCAAGACUGUAAAGAUUUUGUUCCUUUUCACAAGUACAUUCUUAGUCUCUCCCUCUCUUCAUCCUGGCUGCAUGAUUUUGUUUAAAUCUUUGCAGUCCUCGUUCUAAGCGAACCAAAAGAGAAGGUGAUUUGAUCCUCCCAUGCCUUCCUGGUUAAGAUCAAAAGAUUUAUGAAUAUUGUAAUAAUGAAUCUGGCACCGUUUUUACGGUAGUGACACAAAUUAGCAUAAUUGUCCACAGCAACCUGUAAACAGUGGCAUUCAGAUUACAGCAACCUUCCGCUUUCACCAUCCUGGCCACCGUGUUUAGACUUCCAGUCUAGACAUUUUAAAAAUCAUGCCUGCCUUCCCUGUGUGAUUUAGGAAGAUCGUAGGUAUGGCAUCCUAGGAAACUCAUUCUGCUCUAAGUCUGUUACUUAAAGUUAGAAGAAGUGAAGUUUCUCCUUGGGUGGGCUCAGAGUUGCAUGUCAGUUCUAAUCUCUGGAAGGAACAGGUUUUUUUCCCUCAGGCCAAGGCUCUCCAGGUCCACCCAGAGCUGGUCUCUCACAUGCGCUGCCACAGUCACCGACUCGGUCAUCUCUUGGGAUCUGUUCCUCCAGCCUUUGUGCAGAGUGCUCUUGCCUUGAUUUUAUAACUAGUUGGAUUUUCAACAUGGACAUUUAGGAAGAUGUACAUCAAAGUAGAAGAGUUUUAUUCAGAUUUGCUGUUAUUUAUUUUUUAAAUUAAAAAUGGAACUGUAUGUUAAAAUUUAUUAUGUGUUUAGUUUGUUAUUCCUGUUAUAAUAGUAAAGCAAAAUCAUAAACCCUAAAAUUUUUCCUUACUGAUCCCUCCCUUGAGACCUCUUGUACCCAGGGUCCCUCUGGCUCGCUUCGUGACAGGUCCCAGUAGUUAAAACUUGUAUUGUGGGGUCCCGAGUCAUCGUCUCUCCCUGGAAGUAAUAAAAACUGUGAAGCCUUUGGUUUUUUUCCAACCCUCUAUCCAUGCCUUUGGUGUCUGAGCUGACAGCUUUCUGAUGAUGGUUAUUUAAAGGAUGCAGACUCUCUCUUCACUCAUUGUAUCACGUUAGGCAGAGAUAAAGCAAGAUGAAGAAGUCAGCAUCUAAUAACAAUUAUGGAGAGGAAAGGAGCUGGUCCCCAUCCAGGCUGAACCUUAGUGUCACCUGGGGAGAGGUAACGUCUGAAGCCUGUGCCGUCGUAAGUUCUGAGGGGACAAGCAUCACCAAAUGUAAUCCUUCCACAUCUCAUUGAUUUGAAUGUUAGACCAAAGUUGAGAAAGCCUUACUUUGGAGGAAGUACAGCUUUGGAAAAUCGAUAGUGUAGGUGUGGAUAAAAUCCUGGCAGGUGUAGGUCAGACUAGAGGGUGACUGGCUGCCCUCAGUAAUAUGGCUUAAGCCCUGGGCUUCUGUGUAAGAGAAAAAAGAGAGAGAGUGUGUGCAAAGUAUUCUAGUGCUUUAAAACAUUUGCAAGGUAUUAUGUUUUAGAAGCAGUAAUGUUCCACUCUGUGUGCCUAAGUGUCAUCCAAACACCUAUUUACACUGAUUAUGACUUGGGCUCUGAAUCUGUAUCACAGACCUGGGGAAUCUUUUGGGGUCUAGGGUCCCCACUCAUAAAUCCUUCAGAGUUGCUUUUUUGGUCAGCAUCAAUACCUAUAUGCUCCCAAAUGCCAAUCUCAUGCAGCUGUUCUCAGCUUUUCUCCAGACUCCUUUUAGGGUUUCUAAAAUUCUAAAAUUUUGCUAAAAUUGUGAUCUGUGUUCAAGCCAUUCUAUUUGCUACAGGGUCAUUUAAAACCGUAUCAGCUGAAAAACCUACCAUGAAAUGCAUCAUUUGGUGUGUGUCCCAACCCUUUAUUUUAAAAGGCUGCAGUCUCCUCCCCUUUCCCUCCCCCUCCUCUUUCCAUUUAGAUUCAGGGAAAUGCGUAACAUUUUGCUAGAGGCACCAUUUUCUCUGAUCUCCUUCCCUUCGGGUCACUUGGAGAUCAAGUGUGCCCAACAUGCUCACCUCCAUAAGUUGCAGACUAUCAGAUGCCAUCCCAAGCCUGUGACACAGGCAUCAGGCUGCCUGCUGAGCAUCUUUCUAAUCCUAUUCAGGGAAGCUCAGCUCUGAAGCAGAUACAAGGUUUGACCCAAGACACUUUAUUCUAUAGUCGGGAUGUGUAAAUUAAGUGGCUGUGUUGUCUUUCUAAAGAUGUGUUCAUUAAUGUAAAUACUGUAAAUUAUGUUGUUUUCAUAAAAAUAAAUACUGAGUGUUUGACAAGUGAAAA